AUGGGUCGGAAGCGCUGCGUGGGGGGAGACGGCUCCAAGAUGGCGGCGGGUUGCUGCGGGGUGAAGAAGCAGAAACUCUCCAGCUCCCCUCCCUCGGGCUCGGCCGGCCCAGGUGGCGGCGGCGGCUCCCACUGCGGCGGGGCGGCGGCGGCGGGGGGCGAGCCAGGGGCGCUGCCCCCGCCGGGGGGCCCCCGCCUGAACGGCCUCGGGGGGCUGGCGGGGGGCGCCGCCGGCUGCGCCCUGUCCUCGCCGCUGCCGCCCAGCUGUGGCGGGGGCCCCGCCGGCCUCUCCCCGCCGACAUCCUCGCUGCUCGCCUCCCCCGGCUCCGGCGGGCCCGGCUGCAGGAAGAUGGUGGUGUCGGCCGAGAUGUGCUGCUUCUGCUUCGAUGUGCUUUACUGCCACCUGUAUGGAUACCAGCCCCCUCGGAGCCCCCGCUUCACCAACGACCCAUACCCACUGUUUGUAACGUGGAAGAUCGGUCGGGAUAAACGAUUGCGUGGAUGCAUAGGUACUUUUUCCGCCAUGAACCUGCAUUCAGGACUCAGGGAGUACACACUUACUAGUGCCCUUAAAGAUAGUCGUUUCCCCCCAAUGACAAGGGAUGAGCUGCCACGACUUUUCUGCUCAGUGUCUCUACUCACUAACUUUGAAGAUGUGUGUGACUACAUGGAUUGGGAGGUGGGUGUACAUGGCAUUAGAAUAGAAUUCAUCAACGAGAAAGGAUCAAAGCGCACGGCCACCUACUUACCAGAGGUUGCAAAGGAGCAAGGAUGGGACCACAUUCAAACGAUAGAUUCCUUGUUGAGGAAAGGAGGCUACAAAGCUCCGAUUACUAAUGAAUUCAGGAAAACAAUAAAGCUAACCAGGUACCGCAGUGAGAAGAUGACGAUGAGCUACACAGAGUACGUUGCCCAUCGUCCGCAUCAUCACUUCCAGAAUGGUAUUGGGCACCCCCUUCCAGCAUACAACCAUUAUUCCUGACACUAAGCCACAUGACCAGUCACUGGACCUCUCUGCAGACCUCUUCCCAGGAGACCCUGCCCCUUCUUGGUCUAGCUAUCUCUAUUACUGUACCAUUUUAUGAUGUUAGUUUCCGUUGCCAUGUUGAGGCUUCUUAGUCGGUUCAGCUUAUCAUGGCAACGGGAGGGAAAACUGCAUUACUACAAAGAUCCCAUACCUUUUUAUUAUUGAUUCUCUGCAGAUUUUUUUGCAGCAUAUACCCUUAGGUUUUUUAUGAAAAUUUAAAUUUCUACUUCAUUAACAUUGAAUUAGAUCAAUCAAGGCUUUCUGUAACUAUGGAUGGAAGGAAGAGUUUAAGGAUUGCAGUUAGGGAUGCUUUGCUUAGCAAAAAGGCAUUCAUUGCUUUUGCAUUAAUGGGUGUGAUAGAGAAUGAAACAUAUCAGAUUCAGGUAUUGAAGUAGACAAUUAAUUGCAUUUUUAUAACAUUCUUAAUGACAUUGUGUGUACAAUAUCUCACCUUCACAGCAAAGAUUCCAUGUAGCUCUGUACAGGAUCUCCAGAUCCAGCACAAACAGCCAGAACACCAAGGCUGACAGAAUGCUUUUUUGGGAUGAAGAGAAGCAACUCAUGUACAGCGAGAGGUGAUAUUAACAUGGCAGCAUUUUCAGAAUCAAGUGGCAUAAAUGAUAGUGCACAAUCCAAUCCAGGACCCCUUUGUGUCCCAUCCUGUGCUGGGAAUCAUGGGCAGUCCAGGUCUGUCAGGAUUAGUCAGGAAAAUGCAUUUGUAAUGAGACUAUGCCUAUCUGAUGAUCCAAAUUAGGAGUAACUCAAAUUUGUCCUAAAAACAAGUUGGUGAGUAGCAGAUGUCAUAUUAGGAAGAAAAUGGAUUUAGAUUUUAGUGCCUUUGACUAAAACAUAAUUAUAUACUUACAUAUAUAAAAUUAAUAGAAAAUAUACUCCAGACAUUCUAGCAAACCCUGAUGAGACUGCUCUGGCAUCAGGGUUUUGGACACUUUUUUUUCUCUUUAAAGUGAGAUUUUUUUUUUUGUUCUUUCAUUUGCUCUUGAACUUAGUGAGUUUUAUCAAGUCAUGAAUAGUUGGAUCAAGUUAACGUUUUUUUUAAUAAAAGAUAAGAGACUGUUAUGAGAGAACUAGGACAAGUAUGCCAUAAUGUUACAUGUUUUCAUCUAUUGCAGGAAUAGUGCUUGAGAGCUGUAAGUACUGUGUAAUAAUUCUGAUACCCCUCCACACGGUAGAAGAAAGAAAACCGAUUGGAACUUUUUCCUGCUGUAAAAAUAGCAUUUAGUAAAAGGUAUGUGUGGUCUAUUUGUAAGGCCAGUUGAUGGCAGGAGCUUACUCCUUCCUCCUGUGCCUGCAGAAGUCCCACUGCUGCCUGUUGCAGCACAGGUUGCCUGUUACAGAAAAGACCUUCCUAAUCUGCGUGAGUAAACCACAGCAGAAAUUCCUGUUACUUUGAAUAAUGAAUGUUUGUAAAUACAUAGAUAUAUAAAAAUCAAAUAGAUAAAUUCAGUUGUUUAAAAAAAUUGGAUUAACUAUAAAAGUUUUUAAAUAGUGUUUCAAAGUCAGAUAAGAAUAAAUUAUGCUCAUCCCUUAUGUGAGGUUAGGUCUGCCACUUAAUUUCUAUGGAGGUUCUUGUAGAAGGUCUUUGGUAUUCCUUCAUCCACAGCACUAACGUCCAAAUAUUACCAUUUUCAGUUGCGAUGCCUUAAUUUUUAAGAGAGGGCCUGAAAUUUCAGGAGCCAAAAGAUGCCAGCCAGAAGCUGCAAAAAUGACAUGUUUAUACAGAGGCUAUUUUGGAUGAUAAUGUUGUCUUGUUUCAACUUGGGGAACACUUUUCGAUGAAUUAGUCUUCAAGUGGAAAUAUGAACAAGUGGCUACCUGAUAGAGUUGUGUUGGUUUUUUUUCUUGCCCUUAUAGGGAACCUGAGCACAAACUGAAUCAUUCUGCUGCGAAAAAUAGUCGUCCAACCCCAUCUUUAUCAGUCAUCUCGUUACAGCUUGCUCGUGCUUCUGCAUGAGUUCAUUGUUAGAAGUUUUUUAAAAAGGUCUAUUAUAUAUAAAAAUAUAUAUGUAUUGAAAGGUGCUAAUCAACCUCAAGAAGGUCACGUGACUGGUCAUGCGGAUCUAAAAUCAUAUCAGAUUUUUAAAGAAAUCUUCGAUAUAUGCAGAUGUUAUACAGAAUUUCUUACCAGUGUAAUAAUGAUAUACUGAUGCAUAAACAAUCCUGCAGGAUUUUAAGGACAAGGUCAGCAAUACUUCCCACCAUGGCUUGGGGGAGAAAAGGAUCGUUUUGUCUCCUUUUUUGUAUACAGCAUAAUGCACAAUGCAUUUUUGUCUAUCUCUUAGUAGCUGUUGCUUAAAAAUAUAGUUCAAGGGUGUUAUACAAACUGUAAAGGUGUGCUUUUGAACUGAGCUCAUGCCAGACCCUUCUGGACCAGAGUUUUGUAUCAUUAAUUAAAAAACUGUUACAGAGUCUGUGGUCAAUCAGAUUGUAUGAUUUUUAUUUUUUUAAGACUGGAAUAAUCAGUCUACCUACAGUGUUUCUAGGGCACCUACCUCCUCAGCACACUGUGCUGAACUGCUGCAGAUUGUUUGUAAUUGUGGGAUUCUUUGAACCAAACUUGCAGCUCACUGUGACAUGCACUGGCACAGAAUAGGUCUGUUUGCUUAAAGCUGAUCAGCAAUUGCUCUCACAAAUGUCAUUCUCUUGUAGUUACAUUUAGUAACUUUUAGCUGUAUUGUUGGGGUUAGCUACAGAUUUGUUUUUCAUUUGGGGUACUUUAUAGAAAUUAAGGUACAACCAAGUAGCUUAUUUCACUGUUUAUUAAGUUGAAAUGCUGAUUUUUUUUUAUGAGCACUACUCAGUUUGCCUUAUUCCAUUGAAGAGAUUGUUGACUUUUUUUUUUCAUUCUCUUGCCUAAUGUUCCUAAAAACUCUGUUCUGUAAACUGAGUUAUACAACCAAACCAUAGACUUGACAUGAAGCUGUUACUUGGUGAUGCUUCAAGUGUCCUUCCUGCUGCCAUCCCAGUGGAUGCUGCUCCGGCAGGGGUGGACGCUCCUGUCCUGACCUCAGCCCCACUCUGGAACCAAGGUGGGCACGGCCCUGGCACACCUGGAGUUUGUAUAUGGACCUCUACUUGUCUUCAACUGUGCGGGUUUUUGAAAUUGUUGUCUGGAGUAGGUUACAUCUCUUACGUGUGUUAAAUCAAACCAAAGAAGCCUCCAGCCAUGCCCAAAUGCUGCUCCUAAAGCCUGCCUUCCAGUCCUUACAAAAUCCCUGCAGGAUUAAAUGUGUUAACUUUUUUAUUUUUGUACAGUUUCUAACUGAUUUUUGCUAGUGAUGUUAAUUGAAUUAAGUUUAUUUGGGGAGUCUGAGUAUCUCCUCCAUUUAAAUAAACUGGUGACUUUUGUUUUAUGCUAAAAAAAAAAAAAGUUUAAAAAAAAAAAAAGAGAGAAACCCAGUGUGCCUCUCAGAUUUAAGGGUUUCUGGUUACAUUUAUUCUUAAGACCAGCAAUGAUUCUUUAUAUACAAAGAUGUUUUCCUCCUUUUUUAUUACUGUUAAAGAAAAAAAUAAAAAUGAAAAACCUCUUUCUUUGCUCUGGACUCAAUAAUUGCGCUGGUACAUAAACGCACUGAGAAAGCAAACUUUUGUUUGAAACUUUUGUAACAACUUAUGACUGUUUUUGUAUAUCAAAGUUGAUUCUUUUCAAGAUAUCUGGAUCUAGUUUCUAAAUUAUUUUAGUGUUUUAUAUGUUACAAGAAAAAAAACAGCUUACUUUAAAUUGUUCACCAGCAUCUCGAGUUAUUUUCAAUGCCAUGGUGACACAAGUGGGCUCUUAGAGCUACCUGGAGUAGCUUGUAACGCCUCGGUCUUUUCCUUCCUUUCUUAGCAACUCAGUUGAUUACAGUAAUAUCACAGAUUACCUGAACCCCCUUCUUUCAUAACUAGAUCCUUCUUCCUUCCACAUUUAAUUGCUAUUAGUGUGAAGAAACUGUUGCAAUGGGCAUUUUAAUAUAAGUAUGGCUUAAAAAGAGAAAAAUGAGGAAAAAGAAAAAAAAUGCUAGAAGGUUAUCUGUGGGUCUGUGAGAUAUGGCUGUGGAAAAAUAUAUUGUAGUAGUUUUAACACUAUUGUUAUUACCUUUUAAAUCAUUUACCCAAUAAAAUAAUGAAAAAUAA